AAAUUGUUUUGGUUUUACACACAGUUUCUUUCUUCCUGCUCUGCUAAUACUCCAUCCUUAAUUUGCAUACACAAUGUUUUUUGGGUUGCAGCGUUGCCAUAAGACAAUACCUUUAUGGGAUGUGACCUGUUAGAAACCACUGAUUCAUCUAUCAUCAUUUUCUCAGGAUAAUCAGGGGGCAUUAUGGUAGUUCACCUCAAACUGUUUCUGCAUUACUGUACACACAUUAUACCUUUCUGAUAUUUGCUGUUUCAGGAAAAGUUGGAAGACAUUAAUUGUGUCCUUCCCUGGUUUUGUGGAAAGAGUAAUGAGAAGAAGAUAAAAAAGAAGGUUAAGUGUAUGUAUGUGUUACUGAAGUGAAUGAAAAGUGUGCGUUGGCUGUCAGUGAGAGUGGCAGCUUGAAGGUGUGUGUGUGUGUGCAUUGAUCUACUGCAGCAGCAUGUUACCACCUGUGAAGAAGGACCGUAUUAUUACUCAGCUCCCCAAGUGUUUUAGUCCAAAUGCAGCGCUGCACACCAAAGAUGGCUUCCACCCACAGGUGAAGGCCAUCUGCCAGGUACAGAAGACAGACACAGUGAGCUUUAAUAUCGCCAAGGUCAUUGUGGUGGGAGAUGUUGCAGUUGGGAAAACGUGUCUGAUCAGCAGGUUCCGUAAAGGUGCGUUUGAUAAGAACUACAAAGCAACCAUAGGGGUGGAUUUUGAGAUGGAGCGUUUCGAGGUGCUCGGCGUUCCCUUCAGUUUACAGCUAUGGGACACAGCAGGUCAGGAGCGCUUCAAAUGCAUCGCUUCAACAUAUUACAGAGGAGCACAAGCCAUCAUAGUGGUGUUUGACUUAAGCAGUGUGAGCUCUUUAGCACAUGCCAGGCAGUGGCUGGAGGAUGCCAUGAAGGAAAAUGACCCAUCCAGUGUUUUACUGUUCCUUGUCGGUACCAAGAAAGACCUCAGUUCUCCUGAUCAAUUGGCUCAGAUCGAGCAGGAAGCCAUCAGACUCUCUGAGGAAAUCAAAGCAGAGUACUGGGCUGUGUCUGCAAAGUCAGGAGAUGGCAUCAGGGAUUUCUUCUUCCGUGUGGCCUCUCUCACCUUUGAGGCCAACGUUUUGUCUGAGCUUGAGAAAAGUGGCUCCAAGCACGCCGGUGACAUCAUCAGGCUCACAGACAGCACAGAAGCCGAUCACAAACCGACCAAGAGGAAGUCCAGCUGCUGCUGAUGAGAGAGAACCAAUGACUGGAUACACUGCACCAACUACGCAACAACACACUGAAGGAGAAAACUGAAGUAUGAUCUCAGCAUCUUCAUUCAUCACGAAUAGACCUUGUAAAAGGCGAUGUCAUGUCAACUUAAUGAUGUAUUUGUGGUGUUCUGCCAAUGGCUUGAGAGGAAGUUGUAGGUUUGACGUAAUGAAUUCUAAGCUGAGGCUGUAAACAAGAAGUCAUUUCAGGAAAGUCUAGUGCUGGCCAGGGUUACAACAAAUAAAGCUUUGUGAUAUGUUUGGUAAGCAUUUAUCAAAAGAGGAAGAUUAUUCUUUGCUACAUCUUUAAUUAAACUGCACUUGGUUGAUGCUUUCAUAAACA